AUGGAGGACAAGAGGAAGUUACUAGACCAGCCCUUGCAUGGGAUCUAUAUCCCCAUAGCCCUAAUCCUAUUUGGGACAUGGAUAUUCAGUUGGUCGUACAUGCCCUAUUCCAUCGCGUUCAUCGCCAUAGUUUUUUCAUUUAGGUACUACGAGGCCAUGAAACGUCGGUCGUCUAUAGAUAAGAACAUAUGGAGAGACUUUGAACUCAUGGACAAGACAUUGAUUGCGCCAAUGACGUCCAUAUACCGUUUCAAACUCAAUCGAGAAGACGAAAUCUUGGAUAUCCCCACGGGACACCACUUGGCUUGCUGCUUUAUCGUCGACGGCAAAGAUGAAAUCCGGUUCUAUUCGCCCAUCUCCAACCAAUUUGAUGCUGGGUUUUUCGACAUUUUGGUGAAGCAUUACGAAAGAGGCAAAGUUACUCGUAGGCUUGCCCAAGUUCAAGUUGGCCAGACUGUCAAGUUCCGCGGAACAGUGGGUACGCUCAACUACAGCCCCGGCAUGGCCAAGGAGAUUGGAUUGAUUGCCGGCGGCACGGGCAUAACUCCAAUUUUGCAAGUGAUUACUCGCGUCAUCACCGAUCUUGAAGACGACACCAAGUUGAAGUUGAUUUACGGGAAUGAAACCGAGCGUGAUAUCUUGCUCAAGAACGAGAUUGACGAAAUCGCCGCCAAGUAUCCAAACUUUGAUGUUCAUUAUACCGUGACUCACCCUGAACCGAGUUGGACUGGGAGUAAAGGGUACGUCACUAGGGAGAUGAUUGAGCAGUAUGCGCCGCAGAUUAGUGACGAUAACAUGUUGUUCAUUUGUGGUCCUCCUGAGAUGAAACGGUCCUUGUUUGCCAUAACUCAGGAAAUGGGGUGGAAGAAGGAAAACAUUUUCUGUUUCUAG